GGGACCGACUGCUCGUCGAUUUCGAUCGGUGCCAAAAACGAGCCAUCCCUUCGCGAUCACAAAGCUACCGCUGCACUGCCGAUACCACCAAAACACACGAUGAAACCCCUGGCGCCUUUCGUUUCAUUUGCGGCGAUGGUCCUCGCCMACCAUCCGAUGGCGGCGCUGGGAUUGGCCACCACCGCCACCAGCAGCGUGCCCGUUCUCAAGUACUUCGACCUCAGGGGGGCGGCCGAAACCUGUCGCGUUCUGCUCGCGAUCGGCGGAGAAGAGUACGAGGACACCCGGUACGAGUUCGACCCCACGUCCUUCAAGUCUCCCGCCUUUAGUGCCGCACAAGAAUCCGGGGAACUGAGAGCCAAUCUCAACCGCGCGCCCGUAUUGGUAACCCCCGACGGGACCGCGAUCGGUCAAUCCAAGGCCAUCGAGCGGUAUCUCGCCAAGCGAUUCGGUUUGAUGGGGUCGACCGCGGAAGAGGAAGCCAUCAUCGAUUCCAUCGCCGAGCACUGCCGAGACGUCAAGGAGGCAGCCAUGCGCAAGGGUUUUUCGAAAUUUGCCCGCGACAAGACGGAAGAAGAAAAGGCAAAAGCACGUGCCGAGUGGUUUGACGAAGACCUUCCUACCAUGCUGCGCAAGGUGAACGACUACAUCGAGUCGGUCUCGACCAAAGAAGGUUGUUCCAUCGGAUCGUCGAUUUCGUACGCGGACGUUGUUGUAUGGGCGUUGCUUCGGGACUGCCCGGCAUCCGAUGCGAAGGACACGGCCAAGGCCGCCACCGACUGCGCCACACUGAACGGUGUUGCGGAUGCCGUUGCGGCACAUCCCGGGGUAUCAAAAUGGAUCGAGAACCGUCCCGAAAGCAUGUUCUAAAACUAAGUCUGUAGCACGAGAAACGCCGGUAACAGAACCCUCUGAUACUAGAAUAGAACGAAAAGUUAUUC